AUGGACUCUAUCCCCCGCCGUGCAAAGUCAUCAGCGAACAAUGUGUCUGUGUCCCCCGUGCCUUCUGCCCAGCUGCCCCCCUUUCCGCCCCCCGGCAUCGUUCUCCACCCCGACGACGCCACCAACAAGGUCUUUAUCGCUAUCGCACGUGCAUUCCUCUCCGUCGACAACCGCGCAAUGACGAUAAAAGACAUCGCCGAGCGCGCGACGGCCUAUGGGCUCCAAUGCCAAAACCUCUCAGCCGGUUCGCAAGCCGUGACGACGUACAUCCGCGCGCACAGGGCGCGGUGCGACCGCGAAGACGACGCCCCGCUGCUGCUCAGCCACACGCUCUCGGGCACGCCCGCGGACGACGACCUCGUCCCCGCCCUCUUCUCCCGCGCCGGCGGCGACUCCCACCCGCUCCCCGAGCGCCUCACCAAUUUCCGCAAGGGCACCGCCGUGUGGUACCUCGGCCGCGCGACGGGCGUGCCCUGCCCGUUUGAGAGGGCUGGCAUUCGGUUGUGCGAUUAUGCGGUUGCGGGGGGUAGUAGUAGUGCUGCCGCUGUGGAUAGGGAUAGGGAGGGGGAGGGGGAGAGAGGUGAGCAGGGACGGAGGUUGAGGAAGAGUUUGAGGACGAGGGAGAAGCAGCAGCAGAGAGAGAUGGAUGCGCAGGAGAGGUGUGGCGAGAAGAGGAAGAGGCAGGUUAAGCAUUGUAUCACCGCUAGGGUCGAUGGUGGCUCGGAUAACGAGCGUCCGCCAAAGGUCAAGCUGCUGUUGAGGCUCAAGCCGUUGCUUGCGCGCACGCCACCGACGGAGAGCGCCAGCCCCCCCAAGGAGGAACCGUCAACGCCUGCUGCUGCUUUGGAGCCGGAAGGCUCGUCUUCAGCGCGUCCGAUUGAUGUGUCAAAGGAGGAGGACGAGGAUUCAUAUGAUUCUGAUUCUAGCGAAGAGGAGGACGACGACGACGAAGAAGAUUCCAUGUCCGUAGACCAGCCGCCACUGGAAGAAAAUGCCACUGCGAAAGACGACGAACAGAAAUCGUGGCCGCUCCCCGCGUAUGCACACCGGUCUGUGUCGAUUCCCCGGUACACACCCAACCCCGAGACGUUCCAGCCCUCGUAUCGCAAUCUGGACCACCACCGAUCGCCCUCGGUGCCGUUCGGGUGCGAUGCCACGCCGCCUCCUGAUUCGGAGGACGAGGCGGACGAGUAUCACGUCACAAUGUCGCGCUAUGAAGACUACUCGGAAGACGAAAAGGAAGAGGAGGAAGAGGAAGAGAGCGUCGGUGGCGAUGGCUGGGACGCGGAUGAAGAUGAGGACGAGGAUUUGGAUUUGGAUUUGGACAGCGAUGACGAGGGCGAGGCGAGCGAGACAGUGUUCGAGUCGCCUGGCCCGCGAUCGCCGUCGGCGCCGCUGCUCCUCCCGCCCGUGGACGCGGUCAAGGUGAAAGAGGAGCCGCGGGACGUGCAGGGCAUGUUGGAUCUCUGGGAGGACUUUGAUAGCAGCGUCGCGGACGCGCGCGUGGUGGAUGUGUUGGCCAAGGCGCUCGAGUUGGAUCUGUUUGAUGCGCAGCGCGGUGUGCCCGGUGUCGCUGCGGCGCAGGGGAGCGAGAGGGAGCGCCGGGAGAAGCUCAAGGUGAAGACGGAGGAGCUGUCGGAGGGUGGUGGAGGAGGAGGAGGGUGGGUGUGGGAUACGGAAGAGGCGACGGCGCGCAUGAUCAAGCAGGAGUCGGACGAUAACUUUGACGCGCUGUUCCCGCUCAGCACGCCAGGCCCGUUGUCCCCGCUUUCGUCGAUGACCGCGCAGUUUGCGGCGUUCUCGACGGGGUAUGGGUAUGAGGAUGGUGUGAGCAGCGCGGCGUCCGAGAGCCCACGUCCGUUUGCUGAGGAGGAGGAGACGGUAAAGUGGGAUCAGCAUCGGUAUGAUACGGUCAGGCCGAGGGCGAAGACGGUCCCUCCACCCAUGCCGUUCUUCACUCAGCACGCGGAAAGCUCGAGUUCGAGUUCGGUGCCGCCGCUGCCACGGUCCAUGGAUCGUCGUCCAUCAGCACCACACGAGUCAACGGUGCACCCUACGCCUUCCUCCAACUUGGCCAGGUUCUAUCACUCAAUCACGGCGAAUGCGACUGCAGCAAAGGUGGGAUCUGCCUCGGGCUCGAUGUCGCUUCCCCCUCCUACGCCGUGUGUGUCCCCGCUCCAGACGCGCUGUCAGCAGCCUGUCGUGCCCCCGUUGUCGGUCGUCGUAACCACGUGUCAGCCAUGCAAGCCUGCGAUUAGUGCGACCCAGAUCGAGGAUAUCUCCGUGUAUCAUAUGAUGCUCGGCGCGUUCCAGCUGCUUCGCCGCAUCGACACCGACUUUGUGAAUCUCUCCCCGAUCGCUGCGUUAGCGGCUAGUAGCACACCGCCGCUAAAGACGCUCACGAUGAUAGCGAGCGCGAUACCAAACGCCGUCGUCAUCCCGCGCGGCUCGCCGCAGGUAUGUGGGACGUGGGUGCCGCUAGCCGCUGCGCAGGAGUACGUGCGCGUGCACCUGCCCGAGGAGCGUAAAGCGGAUCUGGCGGUGUUUCUGGACGAUGAGUUGGUGGAGAGGUUUCCGGAGGCGUUGAGGGACUUUUAUAGGAGUGGGAGGAAGGGGAGGGGGUUGGGUGUGUUUGGGAAGCAUUUUGCGAGUACGCUUCAGGCGGCGGAGUUGGAGGUGCAGAUGGAGGGCGGGGCGAGUGCGGUGCAGCAGAGGCAGCUUCAGUCACCGCAGCGACAGCAGCAGAUUACGGUGCAGACAAGCGCGUCGGCGUCGGUGGCGGCGCAGGGGAUGUUUGUGGGUGGUGUUACGGUUGGCAAGCAUUUGCUGGAGGAGGAUGUUGUUCCCCCGUUGAGUGCGUCUGAGCAGCAGCUGUUCCAUGAGCUGUGUGUGAUGCCAGAUGAUGAGCGUGUGGAAGAAGAGGCAAAGGAGGAGCAGGAUGGGAUGGAUGUGGAUAUGCAUGUGGAUGGGGAUGUGGAUGGAUCAGCUCCGCCGUCUGCGUCUUCUACAGCUACUUUCACUAAUUCUACGACUUUGCCUGCAUCUGCAUCCGCGCCUGCCUCCAUGUCUGCCCCUGCUCCUGCCCCUGCAGCGACAACACCACAGCGGCCGACGCCGCUGGAUCUGAGCGUCAAAGUGGAUGUUGCGCUUGACGAUGAGGACGAACCGAUGUCGCCGCUUUCGCCGCUCCCGCCUAGUCCCGUUGUAUGUGCGACUGUGACGGCUUCGGGAGUAGUGCUGUCUACCCCUAUGUCGCCGCUUUGUUUGGCGCAGAAGGGCGAGGAGACGAUGUUGUCUGUGCCAGAGUGUAGACUGGAUAAUGCGCCGCUGCUGGGUUCUUCUUCUCAGAUGCCUGUGACGACGCCUGCUGCUGUUGCUUCGACGCCGGCGACCACGGAUAAUGGCAGGCCGCUGCGGAGGUCGAAGAGAGUGGCGGAUGCGAAUGCGACGCUGAAACACCCUCCGCCGCCGCUGCCUGUGGUGGUCUCGUCCAAGGCGAGAGCGAGGAAGAAUGGGUCGAGGAAUUCGCUGUCGUGA